UGAUGUCUGCGUCAUCAAGGGGGGAUUGAGACAAUAAAAGAGGAGACGAAAGAUUGGAAAGACUAGAUUCUCCAUUCCUGCUGCAACCAGACCAUACCUCAAUCAACUCCUACAUACCGACUCAGUACAAUGGAAUCUGCCAUCAACGUACUUGUCUCCCAGUUCAAGACCUUUGCUGGGAAGGAUGGAUCCUCGAACACCUUGAGCAAAGGGGAGUUCAGCAGCCUGGUGGCCUGUCAACUACCUACAUUUGUCAAGAACGCCAGUGAUCCAGACGUGAUCGAGCAGCUCAUGGGCUCAUUGGACGAAAACAACGAUGGGGAGCUGACUUUCCUGGAGUUUUGGCAGCUGAUUGGAAAACUUGCCAACAAGCAAGGGGGCUUUUAGCCAAUAAAAACACUGCAUGGGAUUCCGUAGGACUAAAGAGUAGCAUUGUGCAAUAUGCUACAGUCCAAUUAAAUGAUCCUGUAUGUAGCUGUGUGGCAAACUUUUGAUCUGAAUUGACAUGCACAAUUCUUUAGUUGAUCAUUUUCUAAAGCAGGCAACUUUGAAUAAAUGGAUCCAUUGUCUUAA